AUCUCAAUAUACCAUAUAUAUCAUAAGCCAGAUGAGUAAAAUGGCUCCAAGAAAUGGAUUUUUCAACCCUUUAACUAUUCUUUUCUUGGGGUUUCUCAUCAUCUUUAUGUUAUCUUUUCCUGCUGAAGCUGCUAUUAAAAGAUACAACUUUGAUAUUCAAGUGAAGAAUGUGAGUAGGUUAUGUCAUGCCAAGCCUAUUGUGACUGUAAAUGGGAGGUUUCCAGGGCCAACUAUAUAUGUCAGAGAAGGAGACAGACUUCAAAUUAAUGUGACAAAUCAUGUUCAAUAUAACAUAUCUAUUCAUUGGCAUGGAAUGAAGCAAUAUAGAAAUGGUUGGGCUGAUGGACCAGCUUACAUAACACAGUGUCCAAUCCAAACAGGGAAUAGCUACACUUAUGAUUAUAAUGUAACUGGGCAAAGAGGAACACUUUGGUGGCAUGCUCAUAUCCUUUGGUUGAGGGCCACAGUCUAUGGUGCCAUUGUUGUCAUGCCCAAACAAGGAACUCCAUUCCCAUUCCCACAACCAAACAGGGAAUUUGAACUUGUGCUAGGAGAAUGGUGGAACUCUGAUGUUGAAACGCUUGUUAAUCAAGGAAACGCCAUGGGUUUGCCACCAAAUUCCUCAGAUGCACACACCAUUAAUGGAAAGCCAGGGCCACUAUUCCCAUGCUCUGAGAAACAUACUUUUGCAAUGGAGGUUGAACAAGGGAAGACAUACCUAUUGAGAAUAGUAAAUGCAGCAUUAAACGACGAACUAUUUUUCGCCGUUGCGGGCCAUAACAUGACAGUGGUGGAAGUAGACGCAGUGUACACAAAACCCUUUACGACACAAGCCAUAUUGAUAGCACCAGGCCAAACGACAAACGUUUUGGUCAAGGCUAACCAAGUGCCUGGUCGAUACUUCGCAGCAGCCAGGCCAUUCUUGGAUGUGCCACUCCCCAUAGACAACAAUACAGCCACUGCCAUAUUCCAAUACAAGGGUGUCCCAACCACUGUCAUCCCAGCUCUACCCCAACUUCCCUCUCAAAACGACACGUCGUUUGCUUUGGGCUACAACCAAAAACUCAAGAGCUUAAACACACCACAGUUUCCAGCCAAUGUCCCGUUGACCGUUGACCGAAACCUCUUCUACACUAUUGGUUUGGGAAGAGAUUCUUGUCCCAGUUGUCUCAAUGGGACUCGACUUGUUGCUUCGCUAAACAAUAUCUCAUUCAAUAUGCCUCAGAUUGGGCUUCUUCAGGCCCAUUACUUUGGCAUCAAAGGAGUUUUCAAGACUGAUUUUCCUGAUAAGCCCCCAACUCCUUUUAAUUACACUGGUGCCCCUCUCACAGCCAAUUUGGGAACUUUGGUGGGUACUAGAGUUAGCAAGAUUAAGUUUAAUUCUACUGUUGAGCUGGUUUUACAAGAUACUAAUCUCUUGACUGUGGAGUCUCAUCCAUUUCAUUUGCAUGGAUAUAACUUUUUUGUGAUGGGGACUGGUGUUGGAAAUUUCGACCCUACUAAGGAUCCGGCCAAGUAUAAUUUGAUUGAUCCUGUUGAAAGAAAUACUGUUGGAGUACCUACCGGAGGUUGGACUGCCAUUCGAUUUAGAGCUGAUAAUCCUAGUGUAUGGUUCAUGCAUUGUCAUUUGGAGCUCCACACUGGCUGGGGAUUGAAAACAGCAUUUGUUGUUGAAGAUGGACCCAAUUCAGAUCAAACUGUUCUACCUCCUCCUAAGGAUCUUCCAUCGUGUUAAUCAUAAUUAAUUGUUUAAAAAACUUGUUUAUUUUUUAAUUAAUGUUUGCAUUAAUUAGAUUUUUUUAUGUUGCAAAAUGGGCACAAAUUGUUAUUGUGUAUAAUCAUAAGAAUAAUUCAACAGCCUCUGAAAGUUGUAGGUUUGUUUAAUUGAGUGUGAAAUUUGAGGAAAGGGAACAAAUUGUAAGAAAGAAAAUGUUUGUAAGAUUUCUAUUGAGAUGAAUAUAAAAUUUAAUA